AAUGAAGAGCCUGGACAGUAAAUGUGCUAUUUCGUGUCUCCUGAUACUCAUCUGUCAACUAGCAGAUGUGUCCCAAGCCUAUGGAUUCAGAUCACAAAAGAAACUCACAGAUAACAUAGACUGGUCAUACACAGGUACUUUGAACCAAAACAAAUGGGCCAAGAAAUACCCAUCAUGCAGCAAUGCCAGGCAGUCGCCAAUAAACAUUGAGGAAAAUCUGGCACAGGUCAAAGCUGAGUUUCAGAAGCUGACAUUAAAUGGCUGGGAAAAGCAGACCUUAGAUACCACUACAGCAAAGAAUGAUGGCAAGACAGUGAUCAUAAACGUGGAUGGUGAUUUCAGUGUAAGUGGAGGAGGGUUGAGAUCCACAUUUAAGGUGGGUCGCAUCACCUUUCACUGGGGUCGCUGCAAUUCCUCCUCUGAUGGCUCUGAGCACAGCCUCAAUGGAGUCAAAUUUCCACUGGAGAUGCAGAUAUAUUGUUAUGAGGCCCAUCAGUAUACAUCUAUAGAUGAUGCCCUGCAGGCUGGAGGAAAUAUUACUGCUCUUGCUGUGUUGUUUGAGGCAAGUGUUGAAGAUAACGAAAACUAUGAAGCCAUUUUAGACGCAGUGAGCAGCGUUAGCAGAUAUGGAAAGAGUCGUAGUGUGACACCUUUCAUCCUUCAAGGCCUCUUGCCCAACUCAACUGAAAAGUACUUCAUCUAUAACGGCUCCCUCACUUACCCUCCAUGUUCGGAGACUGUGGAGUGGAUUGUCUUCAAAAACACAGUGACCAUAUCUGAAGCUCAGUUGGAGACCUUCUGUGAUGUGAUGACCAUGCAGCAGGCUGGAUAUGUGAUGCUGAUGGAUUACCUGCAAAAUAACUACAGAGAACAGCAGCCUCAGUUCAUGGGUCAGGUUUAUUCUUCCUACACAGGCACAGAAGAGAUCCUCACUUCAGUUUGUAGCUCAGAGCCGGAGAACGUGGAAGCUUAUCCACACAACUACACAAGUCUGCUAGUGAUCUGGGAGAGGCCACGGGCUGUGUAUGAUGGCAGCAUUGAGAGAUACUCUGUUACCUACUGGCAAGCACAGGGAAAUAAUCCACCCACAAUGGAAUACCUUACUGAUGGAGACCAGGAUGUGGGAGCCAUCAUCCAGGACCUAGAAACCAACACAAGCUAUGUGCUGCAGGUGGUGGCUGUGUGCACUAAUGGUCUGUAUGGGCGUCUAAGUGAUCAGCUGAUAGUGGACUUACCUGAGAUCGACCCUGAAUCAGACCCUGAUCCAGAAUCUUUUGACGAAAAGGAGGAUUAUCAGCCCUUUAUGGUCAUGCCUGACUCAAACCAGGCACCCCUCCCAGUUCAAACCACUACAUCCCACCCCGGGUUUACUACAACAGAGCAGAACAUCCCUCCAUUCUUUGGUGCCAAAACAACUCCAACCUUAACAGAAAAUGAUUCUCAAGGCAUUUCAUCAAAGAAUGAUGCCAACCCUUCCACCAUGACCCCUACUACUUUAAAUACUGUUAGGUUUACUAAAACAGAGCAACCUGUCCUUCCUGCAUUUGGUGUAAAAACAACCCCAACAUCUGCUGAAAAUAAUUACCAAGGCAUUGUAUCAAAACAUACAACCUAUUCCACCCCUACCACUACGUUUACUGCUUUGAGAUUUACUAAAACAGAACAGCCUGUUCUUCCUGCCUUUGGUAUAACAACAACUCCAACAUCUACUGAAAAGGAUGACCAAAGUAUUACAGAAACUUCUUUUUCUACCCCUACCAAAACAGAGCAGUCUGUCCCUCCAGUAUUUGAUAUUCAAAAUAAUAAUGAUUGGGGUGUUACAGUAGAACAAACUGCCCAAACUACCACUAUUACCCCUAGCACUGAGUCAGUGUUCAGCAGUGUGGCACCAGUUAUAGCCUCAGAAGAUGGUGGCAUUACUUCCAGCUCUGCAGAUUCUAUAAUAAAAAUGAGCGCACAUGAUAUCGAGACUGCAUCAACCUCAGCUCCAAAUGGUGAGGAGGUCUCUGGCGUAUAUGAGUAUAGUGAAAACCCUAUUGCUGUUACAGCUUUGAUCUCCUCCCCCCUGCUUUCAGAGGUCCCAGUGCAAACUCCAAGAGUACCUUUCCCUACAACUACUGCCUCAAGUGGCAUUGAGUUUAAUGGUGAGAGCUCCCCCUCUGCAACCCCUCUGUGUGACUCUCUGCCCUGCCUGCAUGAAAGUCCUCUGUCUCUGCCCUCUUCUAGCUCUGUGUUGUCUGAGUCUGCCUCUACCCCAGACUGGGUCGUCCCAUAUACAGUGACCACUCCCUCUGCUCGCUACUUCAUGUCUUACCCUGAUCAGUCAUCCUUCAGCUCUGUGUCUUAUUGGGAUCUGGAAUCUGUCUCUAGUGGUAGUGAUGAUGGCAAUGAUGGUGACACAUUUUCUGGGUCGGCUUCAGGUGCCUUCCCAUGUAGCAGUACUCCUCCUCUUCAACCUAUACCUGACUCAACUGACUCGGAGAAGGACUCCUUCAAGACUGUUAGCACUGUUACUCCAUCUGUGCAACAUUCAGUUUCCUACCAUAGUGACACCUCUCCUUACUUCACUUCCUCUUUCUCAGCCACUGUCAGUGACAUCCCAUCCAGUGAAAAGGCCAGAAUUCUGGGAGCAUCUGCUCCCUUGGAACCUCCCACUGUGUUGCCGACAUCCACUUCUGAGACCUUACUUUCACACUCAGCGGAUGGAUCGCUGGACAGCAGUGCCUCUGGCUGGAUUGUGGAUCUAGAUUGGGGUCAGAGCUCAGCCUCAGGAGAUGGGGGUCCAACUCCGUCUUCACCCACUAUGUUUACGACUCGGGCACUGGCAGAAGAUCCCGUGCUGGAGGAGCACUCCUCAUCCUUUUACUUUGAGAGUGAAAAUGUGACAGAGAGUGAGGCUACCACAAAUGGCAUAUCAAUUCACCCCAGUCCACCCUGGACCCUUGGAGGUGUAGAGGAAGAGAGCGGAUCAGGAGAGAGUCUUACAGAUAAUGAGACUUCCUCUGAUUUCAGUAUCCCAGAGCAUACUGAUAGAGAGUCAAAGGAAGAACCUGUGGAAGAUGCCAGUAACACUAGUCAUGAGUCUCGUGUGGGCCUGGUGGCCAGUGUGGAGCAUCAAAAGAAAGCUGUGGUUCCUCUGGUUAUGGUCUCUACCCUCACCUGCUUCUGUCUAAUCUUACUCAUUGCCAUUCUUAUCUACUGGAGGAAUUGCUUUCAGACAGCCCAUUUCUACAUUGAGGACAGCACUUCCCCUAAAGUUAUAUCCUCCUCACCUCCUAUCCUGAGCAACACAGGUUAUGAUCAUGAGCAAUUCACAGAAAAGCACUUUGUUGAACAUGUCACAGAACUUCACAACAAUAACUCUUUCUCCAGGGAGUUUGAGAUAAUUAAAGAGUAUUUUGAGGAGAUUCAGGCAUGCACUGUGGAUCUGGAAACCACGACAGAUAUCUCCAACCACCCUGACAACAAGAGCAAGAAUCGAUACAUUAAUAUUUUAGCCUAUGACCACAGUAGAGUCAGACUCUUACCUCAAACUGAUAAAGAUCUCAAGACUGAAGGGGACUAUAUUAAUGCCAACUUUGUGGAUGGUUUUAAUAAACCAAGAGCCUACAUAGCAGCUCAGGGCCCUCUCAAGUCCAGCACUUUGGACUUCUGGAGGAUGUUGUGGGAGCAGAAUGUAGGUGUGAUCGUCAUUAUCACAAAUCUGGUGGAGAAAGGCAGAAAAAAGUGUGACCAGUACUGGCCUUUGGAGAACCAAGAACAGUAUGGCUGUUUUCUUGUGACUGUUAAGAGCACCAGGGUUAUGGCCUAUUACACCCAAAGAAUCCUCACUUUAAAAAACACACGUGUAAAGAAGGGUUCCCAGAAGAGUCGUGCUAAUGAGCAGACAGUAGUGCAGUACCACUACACACAGUGGCCUGAUAUGGGUGUGCCUGAGUACAACUUGCCUGUGCUUAAUUUUAUUCGUAAGUCCUCCAAAGCCUGGACUGAAGACAUGGGGCCUGUGGUGGUGCACUGCAGUGCUGGUGUGGGAAGAACAGGAACCUACAUUGUGCUGGAUAGUAUGAUGAAGCAGAUCAGAGAGGAGGGCAUGGUGAAUAUUGUGGCCUUUCUCAAGCACAUCCGCACUCAGAGAAACUACCUUGUGCAAACUGAGGAGCAGUACAUAUUCAUUCAUGAUGCCCUGGUUGAGGCUAUUCUAAGCAAGGAGACAGAGGUGCCUGCAAGCCGUAUUCAUAGCUAUGUUAAUGAAAUCCUCACUGCUGGCCCUUCAUGCACAACAUGCCUGGAAAAUCAGUUCAAGCUGGUGUGCCAGUCCAAUGCCAAGCAGGCUGAUUUCUCUGCUGCUUUAAAGGAGUAUAACAAAGACAAAAACAGGACCUCAUCUUUGAUACCUGUGGACAGGUCCAGAGUUUGUUUGUCCACAUCAGCAGAGGAGAUGUCUGACUACAUUAAUGCUUCAUAUGUGAUGGGUUAUCAGCAGACCAAGGAGUACAUCAUUACACAGAAUCCUUUGCCAAGUACAGUAAAGGACUUUUGGAGGAUGAUUUGGGACCACAACACCCAGGUCAUUGUCUCCCUACCUGACACAAACAGCCAGACAGAAGAUUCUGAGCAACUGGUGUUCUGGCCUAGAAGAGACCAGUCUAUCAGCUGUAAGAUGUUUACAGUGUCUCUAAAAAGGGAGGAACAUGUGUGUCUGUCUAAUGAGGAGAUUCUAAUUGUACAGGAUUACAUUCUCGAAGCGACCCAGGAUGACUAUGUUCUGGAAGUGCGGCAUUAUCGUGCUCCCCAUUGGCCGAACCCAGACAGUCCCAUCAGCAACACUUUUGAGCUGAUCAAUGUAAUCCGUGGGGAGCAUGACAGUAAAGAAGGGCCCAUUGUUGUACAUGAUAAUUAUGGAGGUGUGACAGCUGGCACAUUCUGUGCUCUUUACACUCUGCUUCAGCAGCUGGAGACUGACAGCUCUGUGGAUGUUUACCUGGUGGCCAAGAUGACCAACCUGAUGAGGCCUGGCACCUUUACUGACAUUGAGCAGUACCAGUUCCUUUACAAAGCUAUUUUAAGUUUGGUCGGGACCCAAGAAGAUAAAAAAGCCUUCCAGUGCUUUGAAAACAACGCCACAGUCCCAGGAGGCCUUGCCAGUGCCUCAGAGAGUCUAAAAUCCCUGGUGUAACCAUAGCAAUGUGUAUUCAUCCAUCAUGAACCUUUUCUCUGCUGCUCUGCUUUAUUUUAUCAUAUUCCCAUCUUCAAAUGAGCUUGCCAAACACAGUACCAUCCUGGAACUUGAUAUGUGUGCCUUUGUGCAUUUGUCCUAUGACUUUGAUACAGUACUUACGUCUGUGGCUCCACCACUUUGUACUAAUCUCCUACUAAUAUUUUUAAUGGAACUUCUUAUUUAUUGACAUUACAGUUCAUCAAAAAGGAAGAAUUACUUAUUAAUAAGACAUUUUAUCAGAUGAUAGCUUGUAGUAUUCACAAGCCACAUUGUUUUUUACAUGGAUGUAAAUACAAAGACUUUGGCUUUUUAGUCACAAUUUUCGAAUAAGAAAAUCAUGUAAUAGCAACCAAGUCAGGUCAAGUCAUGGACCAAAUGUCUAUUUAUAAGCCUAGAUUUUUAUAUUUUACUACUGCUGUAGUGAUUUACACUGUUCCUGCAACCAUACUUUAAUGUAGAAAAAAUGUAUUUCUAAUAAAUUGUCCCAGUGUUACACUCUCAUUAACAUAAACCAUACUGACACUGUAGCUGUUCAUAGAAAAUACUUUUACCCUAUAUUUGUAAAACAACUAAGAUAAAUUCUAAAUAAGCAGUAA